AUGGCAAUAAACCUCGACUCUUUCGAACAAUUUGCAACCCGAAUUGGAUGUUUACGGACAAGAAGAUGUAGUUCAACGCCUUUGAGUAUCUUCGUCAUUUACGCUCCAACAUCGAGCUAUGAAGAAGAAAAAGUCGAAGCUUUCUAUAUGGACCUGAAGAAGUUCUACAAAAUAGAAGAUUCCUUCUACAAGGUCAUAAUUGAGCUUAUACGUCAGCGUGGAGCUGCUCGAGCUGCAGGCCACGACCAAGAACUCACGCCCGAGCUCGAAAGCCUUUGCAGGGAGACGAUAAAAGAAGACCUCAAAAAGAGAAAAGCAGAUGUGUUGGCUGAAGCUGCAGAGGCGGGACAGAAUCUCUUCGAUAGCAUCUUCCACUUGCCUCCUUAUCAUCUCAGGGAAGAUGGACAUGUCAUUCCGAACGUCUUCCCUUCCGAAGUCGGACAUGUCAUAAUGUCGGUGAAGAAUCGUACUUUACCCGGUCCGGACAGAAUCAAGCCUGAACAUCUGAAAUAUCUCUUGCCAGUCGUCAUCAACACAUUGGUCCAAGAAGGGCAUGUAGGUCAGCGUCUGUGCAUGGAAUCGUUUAUGCGUCGCCUUGGUCCAGAAUCAGACAUCAUGAGCAACGUUAGAUUUGAUCGCCUCUCACCCUUUGCCGUACUGUCCUACGUCUGGGAGGUAGCUUCCGAUUCCGAGAACUCGGAAUGUCGGAGUUAUCAAUCCUGCUUGUUUGCAUACGUUGCCAGAGGACGUAACUCCGCUGUUCGACACCCAGUCACCUUCACGCCACUAAGAGGCGGUAAACCGUUGUGGAGAGGACUUGAGUGA